AUGAAUGUGGGUCAGCAAGUACCAAGCGACCCCAGGCUUAGCAUAUUCAGAUCACGAACCUGGUUACGAAAUUGCCUUCAACACCAUCAUAAGACCGGGUGCAAUUCAAAUCCCAAAGGCAUACCACAGUCGAUGCCAAAGAGGCUGCUGUUUCUGGGUAACACUCAAAAUCAAAUCAGAUUGGUCGAUGAUUUCGAUGGUGGUAUGAUACCUUACUUGGCUCUCAGCUAUUGCUGGGGCACAUCUCAAUAUCUCAUCACCACCUCACACAAUUAUGAGCAACAGCGGCGCAAUAUUCGUUGGUCCAGCCUUCCUGCGACAUAUCGAGACGCUAUCGAGUUCACUAGGGCCAUUGGAUAUCGGUAUCUAUGGAUAGAUGCUCUGUGUAUCAUCCAAGACGACAAGGAAGACUGGAACCAUGAAGCAUCCCACAUGGCAGAUAUCUACAGUGAAGCCGUCCUAGUCAUCUCAGCUGCAAACGCAAACCACGUAGGCUUUGGAUUCUUCCAUGAAAGACUCGGUUCGAGAUCGUUCAAAAACAAACUGAAAAGGGGACCAGAUGAGCCGACCCACGUCUUGGUGCAAGAGCCGACUAUUCACAGCAACAUCAUUGGAAACCCCGGAAUUGAAGAGCAAUGGCCCGUUUUCCGUCGAGCCUGGACUCUCCAAGAACGAAUGCUUGCAACGCGCCUGGUUCAUUUUACCACAGGUGAAAUCAUCUGGGAAUGCGCCAGUAUGUGCGCAUGUGAGUGCGGACAUCUGGAGGCUACCAAUGCGGUGACCUCUCGAAGACGAUAUGAUCUAUCGAGUCUCGAUCGGAUCAGUGACACCGAACGAGCCAAUCUCUGGGAUGAACUAGGGUUCUCAUAUCAAAAUAGAUUGAUCACCCAGGACAAGGAUCGCCUUUCAGCCCUCUCUGGUCUUGCUCACCGAUUCCAAAACGACGGAUUGGGUCAAUAUUUGGCGGGAUUUUGGUCAAAUUUUGCCAUCAGCAUGUUGCUUUGGGAGGUGAAAAAGGGACGGAAAGCUACCGAGUACAUAGCACCGUCCUGGUCAUGGGCUUCCAUCCAUGGGCGAUUGGCCCGCAAUGAUUCCAUUGAACCGAAUGAUCGGUUCGACGCGAUUCUUGAAGACUGUGGCUCCGAACCAGCGACCACCGAUCCCUACGGGCCCAUUCUCGAAGGGUCAGGGUAUGUGACGCUCUCGUCGCCGUGCAUCGACGGCAUGAUCGUCCGAAGUGACCGUAAUGGACAUCCCAUGGUUCAAUUGACAACAGAAAUCCAAGCGUUCCUCGUGAGCGACGUGCAUCUGAAGCAAACACAAAUCGGUGCCAGGGUCAAGUGCCUUUUCCCACGCGGUCUUGAAGCAGGUCCUUCUGGCCAGUAUAUUGAGGCGCUGGUCUUGAUAGUUUCGAGAAACAUGCAGGAUUAUGAACGUGUGGGCAUUGCUCACGUCCAGAAAUAUUCCCUCAAGAAUCAUCAAGAUCAUGGCCAUGAUAUACGUUUGGUCACACAGACAGUCAAGAUAUGUUGA